GCGGAAACGCAGCACUAGGCCAACACGUCAUCAUAGAAGCUGCCAGCCAGUCAGCAAACAUGGCGGACAUGGGACCUCAGCACCGUCAGUGACUUCACAGCCGCUUGACAUUUGCUCCGCAGCACAGUGCCUCAAACACCCCGACAGCUUCCUUUGAGUGAGUGAGAGAGAUGGAGGAUGUGGAAGUCAGUGACGGAGACUCGCCCUACACGGUGGAGAAGGCGCCUCUCAGAAACCCGGACCUGACCCCCCUGAGCCUGAACGUGGGAGAGCUGCUGUCCCUGUAUGGAUGGUACCUGUUGUUCGGGACUCUGCUGGUCUACCUGCUCCUCCAGUACCUGAGCAGGAGGAGAUCCAGCCAGCGCAGCCCCCCCCCACCAACACCGCAAGAUGCUGCCUUAGUGGCCAGGAGACAAGAAGCCAUGGAAGCAGCUCGGAUGAAGAUGCAAGAGGAACUUGAUGCCAAAGCUUCCAUCUUCAGAGAGAAACAGAAACAGCAAGAAGAAGAAAAGCGGAGGCAGAAAAUCGAGAUAUGGGACAGUAUGCAACAGGGAAUGAGUUACAGAGGACCAGCCACACCUUCUCAGCCCCCUGCAGAGGCCAGCUCCUCCGCCGCAGCCAGACCAAAGCCGGACAAGAAGCCCCUUCGCAGUGCAGACUACAGUCCCCUGAGUGGACAGGAGGGGGGCUCCUGCUCCUUCAGGCCUGGCAGGAGGGGGCCAUCAGCUGGUGGAUGAGGUUAAAGAAGGUCAGAGAUGUUGAUCUGUAUGACCUUUGACCUCUUGAUGUGCAAACUGACUGGAGGAGGCUCAAACUUCACCGAGAUGUUGUUUUUUUACUCCCGUUUGAUUCCUUAUUUACUCUGUAAUCUCUCAAAGAUAACUUGAUAAUCGUCCAUUGUGCAUCUUGAAGUAGAGAGCUUGUAAUGAUGCCAUUCCUGUAAGCGGUGUUACCAGCAGGUUUGGCUGAUGAACUUCAGUCAGUGUGUUUUUUCUCAUAUGUUUGAAUAUGUUUCCAUUAAUGUGUUCUACCUAAGCUUUUAACAUGUAUGUUGCUAGAGCAGUUGUAGCUAGUGGACAUGUGGUUGAUUAUUAAAAAUACUACAUUCAG